UUGUUGGUGUCCAACAGCUUAUCUUGAAAACAGCCCUGACAAGUAUCCCUAGAUGUCCCUUAGUGAUAUGCUAUAUAUACACAGUUCCUUGAUGAGGAAAGGGAACCAUUUUUAUCUGGACUUAAGCCAUCAUUAUACUAAUAGAGAGCUCCAUGCACAGUUGCAUUGCAAUGCUUUCUAAUCAUAUCAUCCUAAUCCAACUGCUCAUAGUGUUAUGGACAGUUCCCACUGUGGUUCUAUCAAGUCCAGUGCCUGCUCAAGACCAAGUCUUCCAGUACAAACUCCUCAAGGAUGUCCGAGCCAACCAAUGGCUGACAUUUGUACCAUUGAACCACAAGCAGAGGGAAGACUUGCUGACCCGAGUAGAAAGCAUGUUGAUGGUGAGUGAUGUUGUAUUCAUGAUUUCAAUUGGAGAAAAGUUACUGACUGUGUUUGUAGGUUUCACCCAACAUUGAGUCCAAGAUAGAGUAUUAUGGCACAGAAGCCAAUCCAUUCCCAUCAAUCAAGAACUUGAGAUCUCAACUCAAUACCAUCAGUGAUACUGAAUUGCAGUUGCAGAUUACUGACAUCAUCAACCGAGUUAAAGAUUGCCAUGUGCGAUAUUUCAAACCUGGGCCAUAUGGCUGUAUCAAUGCAAUGACUGGCCUCAAGUUUAGAUAUGUCGAUGCUGAUACUAGCAGCUCUGCAGACUUCAAGGUCGUUGUUAUAUCCGCAACUACGGAUUCUAACCUACUCGCACUACUGGGUAAUCAGUUUUCCAAAAUC